AUGAUAAAAAUUUAUAAGCUCUUUUACAUCACCAAGAAGAGACUUCAGCGUAAUUUUGCUACGCAUCUUGUUGUAAGAAAGAAGACACGAUUGUCCAAUAUUCUAAACUCUGUGAACUUCACGACAGGUUUGUCCUUUGUGCUUAGGGCUUAUAACCAGGGACAUGAUAUUAGAGAUUUUGACAUUUCAGAUGUUGUUGUUGUUGAUGUUGACCAAGAAGGAUACACAUUACGAAAGCAACUGAAGGAGUUGCUUUGCUUAGUGGUGGAGUCCUCUGAAGCUCACUUUGGAGCCACCACAAAGAAAAUGCUGCUAUGUCCCAAAGAAGAUGCACUUCUUAAACUAUUCUACAAUGUCUCAAGCCCUUUCCACCUUCUCUUCCUCGUUCUCUUCUCCUCUGCCAUUUUCCUUCUCACCUUCUUAACCUUCACAGGCAGAUAUCCCUUUAUCCAAAGGGAUCAAGAAUAUGAAUAUGUGUAUACCGAGGAUGAAGAAGAAGAAGAAGAAGAAGAAACUCAAGAAGGGUAUUCUUGUGUUGAUUCUACUGAGGGAAAAAACAUUACUUGUGGGAAGGAAAUUCUCGUGUUUGGGCACAAUGAGAGGCAUCAAAGGUCUCAUUCUUAUUUGGAAGAAUUCAUAAGCCCCAGGGAGAGCUUGAAUGAAGAGUCAGAAGAAAAACAUUAUUCUGAUGAAACCUUGUCUCUCCAUAACUCACCACAAGUUUCUGACUUCGAAAAUGUAGAGGCAGAAACGGUUGAAGAAGACUUUCCAGCAAGAGAUUCUGAUUCUGUUCCAAAUUCUGCCAAAGUUGAAAGCAGGACCGCCUCUCCCCUCAAUCUCAACUCUUACAAAAGAAAUAAAACCCAUGAUGACAAUCAUGUUAGCGUUGAAAUUAUUAAAAACAAGAAGGUGCAAGAGCCAAACCUUGCAAGAGAUGAGAAAUUUUUCGUUUUUGCUUCUACCCAGUUGCAGAGUAAGAAGUUGAUGGUGGAAGAGAAGGAUGAUGAGUCCUCUAAAUGGAAGAGCUCUGUCAAUUGCAGGGAUUCCGAGACUGAAGAUGCAUUUUCUUCUUCAUCCAGAAGAAGUUGCCCCAAGUGGGAAUCAUACACAUUGUUCCAAAAAUAUGAUGAAGAAAUGGCAAUCUUGGACAGAAUUAGUGCACAAAAACUUCAUGAAACCGAGUCAUUAAGGUCCAUCCAAAUGUCUCCAAGAUCAAUGUCAGAGCGUAUUGUGUACAAGUUUCAAACUAUAAAUAAAAAACCCGCUGAUGUUGGUCACAACCCAUAUCGUGAACUAGAGGCUGCAUAUGUAGCACAAAUUUGCUUAACAUGGGAGGCCCUUAGCUGGAACUACAAAAAUUUUCGUUCCAAACAUGCCUCACGCCAGGACCAUGAUACCGGUUGUUCUGCUACGGUUGCUCAGCAAUUCCAGCAGUUUCAGGUUUUGUUACAAAGGUACAUUGAGAAUGAGACUUAUGAGCAUGGUAGGAGACCUGAAAUCUAUGCUAGAAUGAGGCUUUUGGCACCAAAAUUGCUCCUGGUGCCAGAAUAUCAAGAUUUAGAGGAGGAUCAGAAGGAUGGUGGUUUUCAAUGCAAAAUAUCAUCAGCUUCAUUUCUAAAGAUAAUGGAGGAUGGGAUAAAAACAUUCAUGAAUUUUCUGAAGAAUGAUAAAGAGAAACCCUGUCAGAUCCUUGCAGCCUACUUUAGGAGAAACCAAAGAGGAACAGUUGAUCCAACACUACUCAGACUGAUGAAGAAGGUUAAUCAAAAGAAGAGGGUGAAGGUUAAGGAUCUUAACCAUGCAGGGAAAUGCUUGAGGAAGAGAAAGUUGAAGGUGGAAAAGGAUAUGGAUAUUUUGAUGGCUCUCAUAGACCUAAAAGUGGUGUCAAGGGUUUUAAGAAUGAGUGACAUGAGUGAAGAGCAGUUGCACUGGUGUGAGGAGAAGAUGAGCAGAGUGAGAAUCAUGGAAGGAAAACUUCAGAGAGAUUAUUCCACCCCACUUUUCUUUCCCUCACAUUGA